AUGCCCAGGUGGCACCUGGGAACGAUUGCCGUCCUCCUGCUCGCAGCCCUGCCGGCGGUUCCUUGGAUUCUGCAAAACCCCGACUCUGCUUAUAAGGGAGAGGAAGCAGCCCGGUCUGCAGCAGUGGCCUCUGGGAUCCAGGAAUUUCACACAGCCUUGUCCAGGAGGAGGCGCUAUGCGAUCAGCCCUGAGGGCUAUAAGUGGGACCAUGUCAAUCUGACAUACAAGAUCGUGCAGUUCCCCAGCACUCUCAACAGGGGGGACACCGAAACCGCCAUCGCCAAGGCCUUCCGUAUGUGGAGCGACGUUUCGCCCCUCACCUUCCGGCGCCUGCCUCCUACCCAGCAGGCAGACAUCAGCAUCGGAUUCUACACUUUCAACCACACCGACUGCUGGUUCUCAUCUCUUCACCCCUGCUUUGACGGGCUCAACGGAGAGCUGGCUCACGCCUUCCUCCCACCCCGUGGUGAGAUCCACUUCGAUAACCAUGAGUUUUGGAUUCUGGGCCGCUCGCGCUUCAGUUGGAAGCAAGGCGUCUGGCUGAAUGACUUGGUGCAGGUAGCCGCUCACGAGAUCGGCCACGCGCUGGGCCUGUGGCACUCCCGGGACAUCCGAGCCCUCAUGCACCCCAAUGCCACGUACAGCCGGACGUGGCGCAUCGGCCAGGAUGACGUCUGGGCCAUCCAGCGGCUCUACGGCUGCGUGGAUGAGAAGCGACAGUGCCCAUCGUGGGCCCAGCAGGGGUUCUGCACGCGCCAGCGGAAGUUCAUGAAGCGGCACUGCCCGAGGAUCUGCAACGCCUGCUUCGAGCACCCUGCUAUGUACGGGUCCUCUUCUCCGCCUGCCCGGCCUCCUCUCAUUCGGUUAAGAUUCGUCUCUAAGGGCAGAGUCAUCACCUUCCGUUGUGGGUUGAACUCCUCUGUGCCCGAUGCGCGAGUCAGCUGGUAUAAAGACGGGGAGCCGCUCUACCGCUCCCUCCCGGGCUUCGAACUCCUUCCCAACCAGGACCUGCACAUCAUCGCGACCGAGCUCAGCGAAGGACGCUAUGCUUGCUUGAUCCGCCACGCCGGCAGGACUCUGAGGGUUAAUUCCUGGCAGGUCAAGUUGAAAGCCAAGGCCUCCUUGCGCCCCAAGCCGGGACUGCGCAAGGACCCAAAGCACGCACAUUGA